GGCGGCAUUUCUAAGACCCUCUCCCUGCUUCGAGGGAAAGCCACCUGUUCUCUCUCUCUCUCUCGCUCGCGACCAUGGGGGGAUCUCAUAGUCGGGAGGGAAAUCUCUCCGAUUCGGAGGAGGAGGAGGAAGAAGAAGUGGAAUCGGAGGAAGAACAGACCGGUAGAAGAGAGCAAUUGACCCCUCCUCACCGAACGACCUCUGGUUCUCCUUCUUCGUCUGCGUCCCUCGACGAGAUCAACGCCACCCUCAAGGACCUGAAGCUCAAGUACGGUAACGUGCCUCGGGCGAAGAACGCGGUGAAGCUCUAUUUGCACAUCGGAGGGAACACGCCUAACGCCAAAUGGAUCAUCUCCGAGAAGUUCACGGCGUACGCGUUCGUCGAGGAGAACGCUGAUUUAGGAGAGGGGUCGCUGAAGGUGAAGGGAGAGAAGAAGUUCCAGCGGAAAUGGGUGAUGAAGGUGGGAUCGAAGGUCCGGGCGUUGGUCUCGCCGUCGAUGCAAUUGAAGAUGUUCGACGACCAAAGGAGGGUUGAUUUUGUGUGCGACGGCGUUUGGGCGUUGAAAUUCUUCUCGCCGGAGGAUUACCGGGUCUUUCUGGCCGAGUACCAGAAUUGCCUCUUUGAGAAUCUGCACGAGAUUGAGGCAACGAACAAGGACGAUAUCUACGGGAAGGACUUCAGAGGGUGGAUUAAUCCUAAGGAAGCAGACGAUUCUAUGUGGGAGGACGCGGAGGAGAACUUCAAGGAAGCUUAUACUCCUGUGCGCGAUAGGGAGGAUCUCUUGGAAGAAUUGGAGGAGGCCGCCAAUGGGGGAAUUCAGGGUAUUGCAAUGGGUGCCCUCGACUACAGUUUCUUGGUGAGCGAUUCCGGCAUCGAAGCUGUUAAGAACAUGAACCAUGGCAUUCACGGCAAAGGAGUUGCCGUGAAAUUCAGUGAUGGCAAGGGCAAAUUCAGCGGAUUGGACACUUCUUCUUCAUUUGAAACCCCUAAGAAGGCCCUUUUGAUGAGGGCAGAGACAAAUAUGCUCCUGAUGAAUCCUGCAGGAGAAGGAAAACCGCAUGCCACGGGGCUCCAUCAAUUGGAUAUCGAGACGGGGAAGGUGGUAACAGAAUGGAAGUUUGCCAAGGAUAACACGGAAAUAACGAUGAGAGAUAUAACCAAUGACAGCAAGGGUGCACAAUUGGACCCCUCUGGUUCGACGUUUCUGGGUCUGGAUGAUAGAAGGCUUUGUAGGUGGGAUAUGCGUGAUCGCAGGGGUGUGGUCCAGCAGCUUGAUGGUCCAGUUUUGCACUGGACAGAUGGGCACCAAUUCGCCAGUAAUACCAAAUUCAUGUGCUUUGCGACGACUGGCGACGGCUGUAUUGUUGUUGGCUCCGCCGAUGGCAAGAUCCGUCUGUACUCAGACCGUUCGAUGAGGAUGGCGAAGACGGCAUUCCCAGGACUCGGGUCUCCCAUUACCCAUGUUGACGUGACUUAUGAUGGCAAAUGGGUUCUGGGCACAACUGAUACUUACUUAAUCCUCAUUUGCACACUGUUCACUGACAAAGAUGGGAGGACUAAGACGGGCUUCACUGGUCGCAUGGGUAAUAAGAUUGCAGCCCCAAGGUUGCUGAAGCUGACUCCUCUGGAUUCGCAUUUGGCAGGCGAGAAUAACAAGUUCCAUGGCGGCCAGUUCUCCUGGAUCACAGAGAGCGGCAAGCAAGAGCGGCACCUUGUUGCUACUGUUGGCAAAUUCAGCAUUAUAUGGAACUUUCAACAGGUCAAGAACAGCGCUCAUGAAUGCUACCGGAACCAGGAAGGACUGAAGAGCUGCUAUUGCUACAAGAUCGUUCUAAAAGAUGAAUCAAUUGUAGACAGCCGCUUCAUGCAUGAUAAUUUCGCGGCUUCUCGAUCUCCAGAGGCUCCACUGGUAGUUGCUACGCCAAAGAAAGUCAGUUCUUUCAGCAUGGCAAAUAGAAGGUGAUUGAAUCUCUGGGUGUCGAACCUGCUUCUCAGUCUUGAUUGAGUCGUACUUUGGUUGGUUGUUUGGGGGGGCCCUCGUAUUGUCGACUGUAAAUUUUUGGUUGUUAGAUGCUCUUGUAUUUAGACUUCAAACACAAGUUUCGUUUUGUCUUAAUGACAUUGAAUUUUGUUAAUUUUUUUAUUUAA